CUCCGAGUUUUCCAAUGAAAAAGAAGGCAGCUCCCGUUAGUUCCUAUAUAUAGCCAACCAAACACUGCUUAUCAUAUCUUCUGUCUACCUUCAUAUAUUCAAAAGAAUAAAUCUUCUAUCUGCCUGAAAAACACAAUACAAUGGGGAAGGUAUGUAAAAUCUCUCAUAUUUAUAUGUUCAAGCACACUACAAAUUACUCUAAAUACUCUCAAUUCAUUUUUGUUUUAAGAAUACUUUUCUUUGGACCGAUUUCAGUCACAAACUAGAAGUGAUCGAGUAGACCAAACUAAAUCAAACUUAAACAGAUUAGACCACAUACGACCAGACUUCGAUCGUUAUAAAAUACGCAUAGAUUAUACAUCUAUCAGACCAGACUAUUUCAAAAUGAGUCACAUUUAAACAGAUUAGAUUACACUAGAAAAUUUCCAGUCUUUUUCAAAACCCGUUUGACUUUUUUAUUGCGCAAUAAUACCAUGUCAAAACUCUAUUUUUUGGAAAAAAAGGAAAAAAUUACGCAGGAAAUAACAAUUCCUGGGUUUUUCUAUAUAAGUGCCUCCUAUUAGUGUUUUUCAAUCGGUUGAAUACUUGAAUUGAUGGCUCCCUUUUUCACUUACUUCGCAGCAAAAGGCAGUGAUUAGAAUCAGUAUGAAGGAUGAGAAGGCUCGCUCCUCUGCCUUCAAGAUUGCCGUUCGACAGCCUGGAGUCGUGGCGGCGUCUAUCCAGCAAGAGAAGGGGCAAAUAGAGGUGGUCGGGGAGUUCGAUGCGGUGGUGUUGGUAACGGAGCUCCGGAAGAAACUAGGCCAAGCGGAUAUUCUGACUCUGGCUGAAGUUGUUGAGAAGAAGGUUGAAAAGGCGGUUGAGACGAAGAAGAAUGAAACACCACAACCCCAAGGCGUGACAAUCACUUAUCCUCCUUUUUAUCCACCACCACCAUAUUACUGGAAUCGUCCGGUUCAUGAUUAUGAACCUGCAGGCUGCACGAUGAUGUAAAGGAAUUGGAACAAUGUAUAUUGAGUAUUGUCCAUUGUUCUAAAUGGCCAUUUCGAUUGUAACCAUUAAGGCUGCAAUUGUUGCAUCAGUUGUGGUGCAUAAUGUGAUGAUCGGCACAAAUUGAAUUCACAUUUUUUGUUCACACAUAAUAAGAUUUGUAUACUUUUUAUAAAUCUAUUAACAAUGUUGUAUAUGAAUCUCUUCAUUUGAAUAAAUGAGCAAGUGAUUAGAUGUAUUCAAAAGAAAUGUCACAAAUAUAUUUUUUGUAUCAAAUGUAUAAACAUCGACCAAACAAAUAAGAGACAAGGCUAUUAAAA